CUCAACCCUCCUUUUCUCUCUCUCUCUCUCGCGUAAGCAGUUAAGCGCACGGAUCUUCCCACCAGCCUCCGCACCGCCGCCUCCCUCGCCGGAACCCUAGACGCCGCCGCCAUCGCCGCCGCUGCUGGAUUUCUCCGGUGGUGCCGUCCCGGCGAGCCGAGCGGGCCGGUAUGAGUAGCCACCGCAAAAACUUCCGCCGCCGCGCGGACGACGAAGAGGACGCCAACGGCGACGGCGGCAGCCACCCCAAGCCCGCCACCAAGACCCAAACCCUAACGGUGCCCAAGCCCAAGUCGCCGCCGAGGCGCCAGGGGGCGAGCCGCCUCAGCUUCGCCGACGAUGAGGACGAUGAUGACGCCGAGGAGGGCCCGUUGGCGCCUCGCCGCCGCCCUACGGCCUCCGUGCGCCCGGCCCGCACGGCGUCCCCUGCUGCGGCGUCGCUCCAUCGCCUCACGCCCGCCAGGGAGCGGCACAGGAGCUCGCCGGCGGCUGCUAUUGCUGCGGUGUCGGCGCCCAAGCCCUCCAACUUCCAGUCUCAUGCUGGGGAGUAUACUCCAGAGCGCCUGCGCGAGCUCCAAAAGAACGCCCGCCCACUCCCCGGCAGCCUCAUGCGUGCACCACCGCCGACUCUGGCACCUGAGCCCCGGUCUCAGAGGUUGGCUGGAGCCCCUGCCAGUUCCACUCCUACUACCUCCACGGCAGCUGCAACAGAACCAGUGGUUAUUCUCAAAGGCUUGGUCAAACCUAUGGCAGAGGCAAGCAUUGGGCCAAGGAAACCCUUGCAGAAGGAGGACGAAGAUAAGUCUGAGGAAGAGGAGGGAGGAGAUGAAGAGGACGAAGGGCCAGUGAUACCUGACCGUGCGACUAUUGAAGCCAUCAGGGCGAAGCGGCAGCAAAUGCAGCAGCCAAGGCACGCAGCUCCAGAUUAUAUCUCCCUUGAUGGUGGUGGUGUGCUCAGCAGCAAGAAUGCUGGCGGUGAGUCCAGUGAUGAGGAUGACAACGAGACAGGGGGUCGGAUUGCAAUGUACACUGACAAGUCAACUGACGGCCUGAGGAGCACAAAAGGUGUGUUUGGCGGGAUCAACAACAGGGGUCCUGCUGCCAGUUUGGGUGCUCUCAGUGAUGGGAUCAGGGAGGUUGAGGAUAACAUGGAUGAUGAUGACGAUGAGGAAGAAAGGAGGUGGGAGGAGGAGCAAUUCAGGAAGGGGCUUGGUAGGAGGGUGGAUGAUGCUUCUGCUCAAAGAACAGCAAAUGGUGCACCAGCUUCUGCUCAGGUUCAGCCGCAGGCAUUUGGAUACUCUGUGGGUUCCCAUCACCAGCCCUCUCUUAGUGGUGCUGUACCUGCAGCAUCUGUUUUUGCCUCAGGAAGCGUGGAAUUCUUGUCCAUUGCUCAACAAGCUGAUGUUGCAAAUAAAGCCCUGCAAGAGAACAUCCGGAAGCUUAGGGAGACUCACAAGACAACAGUGAGCGCUUUAGUAAAAACCGAAACACAUCUUAAUGAAGCUCUUUCGGAAAUAUCUAGCCUGGACAGUGGUUUGAAGGAUGCAGAAAAGAAGUUUGUGUAUAUGCAGGAGCUCCGCCACUAUAUUUCAGUGAUGUGUGAUUUCUUGAAUGACAAGGCAUUUUAUAUAGAGGAGUUGGAGGAACACAUGCAGAAACUACAUGAGAAUCGAGCUUUGGCUAUUUCUGAGAGGCGUGCAGCUGACCUAGCCGAUGAAUCAGGUGUGAUUGAAGCUGCUGUAGAUGCUGCAGUGUCUAUUCUUAGCAAAGGAUCAAGCUCAGCUUACCUGUCCGCUGCAUCAAACGCUGCGCAAGCAGCAGCUGCUGCUGCUAGGGAAAGUUCCAACCUCCCACCCGAGUUGGAUGAGUUUGGCAGAGAUAUCAACCUCCAGAAACGUAUGGAUCUUAAGCGCAGGGAAGAAAAUAGGAGAAGGAGAAAAGCCAAGUCAGAGUCAAAGAGAUUGGCAUCUGCAGUGAAGAACAAUGACAUUGAGAAGAUUGAAGGAGAGAUAAGCACUGAUGAAAGUGACAGCGAGAGCACUGCUUAUGUUUCCAGCCGGGAUGAGCUGCUCAGGACUGCUGACGUUGUGUUCAGUGAUGCUUCAGAGGAAUACUCGAGCCUUCAAAUUGUCAAGGACAAGUUUGAAGGUUGGAAAACUCAGUAUCCUUCUGCAUACCGAGAUGCUCAUGUAGCUCUGAGUGCACCAUCUGUGUUCACCCCUUAUGUGAGACUGGAGCUCCUGAAGUGGGAUCCCCUCCAUAAAACAAUUGAUUUCUUCGACAUGGAUUGGCACAAGGUUCUUUUUGACUAUGAUGUGAAAGAUAAUGAAAGUGCCUCAGGAGGUUCUACUGAUACGGAUGUGGUUCCGGUCUUAGUAGAAAAGGUGGCUCUUCCUAUUUUGCACCACCGCAUUAAGCACUGCUGGGACGUAUUGAGUAGCAAAAGGACUGAAAAUGCUGUAGAUGCUAUUAGGAUGGUGAUCGGUUAUUUACCAGCAUCAAGCAAGGAUUUGCAUCAACUACUGGCUUCUGUGAAAAGUCGUCUAACCCAGGCCAUUGCUGAUCUUUCAGUUCCAGCCUGGGGAUCAAUGGUGACAAGGACUGUUCCAGGUGCCACUCAAUAUGCUGCAUAUAGAUUUGGAGUUGCGACACGUCUGCUAAGGAAUGUGUGUCUGUGGAAAGACAUCCUUGCAGAUCAUGUUGUUGAGGAGCUUGCUUUAGACGGACUACUGACUGGGAAGAUUCUUCCUCAUAUGAAGAGUAUCAUUCUGGAUUUUCAUGAUGCAAUCACUAGGGCCGAGAGAAUAGCUGCCUCACUUUCAGGAGUUUGGAGCAAACAAAGCCAAAAGCUGCAGCCUUUUGUAAACCUGGUGGUUGAGUUAGGAAACAAGUUGGAGAGGAGACACACUUCAGGCAUUAGCGAGGAAGAGACACGUGGUUUAGCCCGUCGACUAAAAAACAUAUUAGCAGGACUGAAUGAGUAUGAUAAAGCUAGAGCUAUUUCGAAGAACUUUCAGCUCAGAGAAGCCAUUUAGCUCAUCCUGGAUGUAGUGUGAGGAUUCCAGUUUUGACAGAGAGGCAGGUUCUAUAUCCUUCCAUUUUACUGAAAUGUUGUAAUUCUGAUUAUCUGUACAUCUUGGUCAUGAGCUCUUUCUUAGUCCAGUGCUUGAUGCUAUGAAAGCAAAUUGUGUUGCCUAUAGGUUCCAGCAAUUUUCCAAAACCACCUGUUAUAUUUUUGUGAGUUUAA